AUUCCAAAGCUACAAUCUAUUUUUGCAUGCAUCACAGCCACCUAUGUUUGACUAUGAUAUGCUUAAGAAAUAACGGUGUCAUCUUCUGAAACUUCAAACUUAUCAGGACGAGAAGUUGGCUAUGUUCAAAAUUUGUCGAUCCACUGGCACCAACUGAUUUAGCAAAAUUUCCAAAGCAAGAAAAAUAAUAAUACUAGUAUCUACAGUAUUAAAUAUAGACAGAUUUUUUGUUAAAUCACACCAUUUCCAAAGCAUUGUAGGAGCUGAUAUCAUGGCAGUUGAAAAGUCUGGAAUAGCCAAAGAUGUUACAGAACUGAUUGGCAAAACCCCAAUAGUAUAUCUGAAUAAAAUCGCAGACGGUUCUGUUGCCCGGGUUGCUGCCAAACUGGAAUUGAUGGAGCCAUGCUCUAGUGUAAAAGACAGGAUUGCCUAUAGUAUGAUUGCUGAUGCAGAGAAGAAGGGACUUAUCACACCUGGACAGAGUAUCCUCAUUGAGCCAACAAGUGGUAAUACUGGUAUUGGAUUAGCAUUCCUGGCAGCAGCCAAGGGCUACAAGCUUAUAAUUACAAUGCCUGCUUCAAUGAGUCUUGAAAGAAGAACCAUUCUUCUGUCUUUUGGAGCUGAGUUGGUUCUGACAGAUCCUGCAAAGGGAAUGAAAGGGGCAGUUCAAAAAGCAGAAGAGAUAUUAGAUAAGACUCCCAACGCCUACAUACUUCAGCAAUUUGAAAACCCUGCCAAUCCUAAGGUACAUUAUGAAACCACUGGUCCAGAGAUAUGGGAAGGCACAAGAGGGAAAGUUGAUGCACUUGUUAGUGGUAUAGGCACUGGUGGUACCAUAACGGGUGCAGGGAAAUUUCUUAAAGAGAAGAAUCCUAAUAUAAAGCUCUAUGGUGUGGAACCAGUUGAAAGUCCAGUACUCUCUGGAGGAAAACCUGGUCCACACAAGAUUCAAGGGAUUGGUGCUGGUUUUGUCCCUGGAGUAUUGGAAGUUAGCCUUGUAGAUGAAGUAGUUCAAAUAUCAAGUGAUGAAGCAAUAGAAACUGCAAAGCUUCUUGCACUUCAAGAAGGCCUAUUUGUUGGAAUAUCAUCUGGAGCUGCAGCUGCAGCUGCCAUUAAGAUAGCAAAAAGACCAGAAAAUGCUGGAAAGCUUAUUGUUGUUAUUUUCCCAAGCUUUGGUGAGAGAUACCUAUCCUCUGUGCUGUUUGAGUCAGUCAGACGGGAAGCUGAAAGCCUGACUUUUGAAUCCUGAUUUCAAGUGGUGGAUUUUAACUGGCGAAACCAGUGAUCCUUGUGAUACAGAUUGUGAUUCUUAAAUAAACAUUACUUCAAAAGAAAAGAAAGGAAAAUUUGUCAUUAUGCAACAUACUUCUGAAAUAAUUUAGAAGGCCACUUUAUUAAUGGAAUAUGAUGUUAUCCUUUUCUUUUCGAAUCUA